CGCGCGCCUCCGACGCCAUCCUGUCUUGCCUCAGCUGCGUAGCUUGUUAGUCGGCCGUCGGUUAAGCGCUUCCUUGUUCUUUGUGGGGAGUUCCGCGCAGCCGUUUGGGCCGAUCGCCUGGGGAAGUGGGUGAGGUGUUGCCGCAAAAUGGACUGGGCUGGGAAACAUAAUGGUCCAAAUGAUUCAUCUAGUGAUGGAACAGUACGAUUGCGUGGUCUGCCAUUUGGCUGCAGCAAGGAGGAGAUCGUUCAGUUCUUUCAAGGGUUGGAAAUCGUGCCAAAUGGGAUAACAUUGACGCUGGACUACCAGGGGAGAAGCACAGGGGAGGCCUUCGUGCAGUUUGCUUCAAAGGAGAUAGCAGAAAAAGCUCUGGGGAAACACAAGGAAAGAAUAGGGCACAGAUAUAUUGAGAUCUUCAAAAGUAGUAGGAGUGAAAUCCGAGGAUUCUAUGAUCCACCCCGAAGAAUGAUGGGACAGCGACCCGGACCAUAUGAUAGACCAAUGGGAGGAAGAGGGGGUUAUUAUGGAGCUGGGCGUGGAAGUAUGUAUGACAGAGUCCAUCGAGGAGAUGGUGGAUAUGACGGUGGAUAUGGUGGCUUUGAUGAGUAUGGUGGCUAUAACAAUUAUGCCUACGGAAAUGAUGGCUAUGAUGACAGAAUGAGAGAUGGGAGAGGAAUGGGAGGCCAUGGCUAUGGCGGAGCAGGCGAUGCAAGUUCAAGUUUCCAGGGUGGUCAUUUUGUUCACAUGAGAGGUUUGCCUUUUCGAGCCACCGAAAAUGAUAUUGCUAAUUUUUUCUCACCACUGACUCCUAUAAGGGUUCAUAUUGACAUUGGAGCAGAUGGAAGAGCAACUGGAGAGGCUGAUGUGGAAUUUGUGACACAUGAAGAUGCAGUGGCUGCCAUGUCUAAAGAUAAAAACCACAUGCAGCAUCGAUACAUCGAGCUAUUCCUCAAUUCAACUGCUGGAGGCGGUUCUGGAAUGGGUGGCUAUGGCAGAGACGCCAUGGAGCAAGGGGGUUAUGGUUCCGUUGGAAGAAUGGGAAUGGGCAGCAGUUACACUGGAGGAUAUGGUACUCCUGAUGGAUUGGGUGGCUAUGGUCGUGGCAGCGGAAAUAGUGGUGGAUAUUACGGGCAAGGCAACAUGGGAGGAGGUGGCUGGCGUGGAAUGUAUUGAAGAGUAUCAUUGUGUCUCCAAAGCGUGUUGGAAGGAAACAGUACUUGGUCUACUAGGCUUUCUUACAAAACUUAAAAUUUCUUUUGUAUUGAAAACUUUAUAAUGACUGAAGGAAUGUGUUUUCCCAUUAUUUGGUAAGCAUCAGAUUGUGAUGGGGAAAUCUGUUUUCUGUAGGUUUUAUUUGUUGCAUACUCCUGACUUUAAAUAAAUUUUUUAUAUUCAAACCACUGAUGUUGAUAGUUUUUAUACUAGCUCCUCCUGAAGAUAGCUGCGUUAUCCUAGGAUGUUGUUUUAAGAAAUUUGGUUCAUUAAAAGCAGUUGUACUGGAAGAUCAUAUUAUCGAUUCUACAUCUAUGAAAUGAAAUAACCCAUCAGGUUUAUGUUACAUUUGUUGAAGUUUGGAAUGAAAGCAAGUGUUAGCUAAUAAAUAAUUUGUCAAUGAAAACUAACUCAGUGAAAAUAAUGGCAGAAUGUCUGAAAAUAGUGUGGGGGAUAUGAAGGCCAUGAGUUAAACUUCUGGAAUGACCUAACGCACAACUGCUACACAUGUAGCCUGAGCUGUGUGUGUGUCAGAAUUUUCAUAUUUAAAAUAUAUUGAUAGAAAACAUAGUUUGAAUCUUCACUUUGUUUUCUUGGCAAUUAAAAGUUUGAGAUAAGUUAUUAAUAGAAUAGUAUAUGAAAAAGAUAUGGGAGAAAAGCAGAAAGCUAUUGCAUUAAUGGACUAUGGUAACAUUGAUAGAGAACUGUUACAGUUCUUAAAAAUAGAACAAUUGACUUGAGGAUGCCAUUUCUGUUGCUGAAGAUACCCACGUAAGGAUUGUGUGGCCUAUCUGGCAAUCAACAACACUUCCACCUAAAAGUCUUGACAGAUUGCUUUGGGUUUUUAACAUGUAAGAUUGUUUGGAUGAAAUACUGUUUAGCCACUUAAGCAUUUUCUGUGUAUUGAAGAAAAGGUACUAAUAUUCAAGAUUUUUUUGUUUUAAUUGCUUGUCCUCCAGAUUCUUCAGAAUAAUUUGUCAAAUGUGAUAAACUGAAAGUUUGUUGCCUGUUUUUGCUAGUAAUGCUAUGUAUGUAAUAAAUGUUUUGUGGGAGAUAGCAAAAUAGAUUUCAUUCUAGGACAUGUGUUGUGUCAAUUUAUCUAAUUGAAGGGCAAACAAUGCAGAUCUUUUAUUUUUUUCUAAUUUGUACAAAAUUCUGUAUAAGAGAAACACUUUUUUAGGUUUGUAUUAAUUAUGCAAGUAAUUUAGAUCCAUAAGGAUUACAUUUUGGUUGAGCAUAUCUGCAUCAAGGCUUAAUGCUCAACAGGGAGGUAAGUAUGAGAAUUUCAUGGGUCAUAGCAAAAUAGAAAAGAUACAAAUUUAUAUUCAAUAACAUGUUAAUUUGUAGAUAAGUUUUAUUCUCAGUAAAAUUUAUACAGACAG